AUGUGGUGGAAGCCACGGCGGCGCUUCUUGCGGGGGCCCCGGCGCUGCCCCUCCUCGCUGGCUCUCUUGGCGCUGCUAGCCGCGGCGGCCGCCACCUUGGCCUUGGCCUCGGUGCUCUGGCGAAGCCCCUCCCCGGGUCUAGAGGAGCGCGCGCUCCAGCGCCCUGCUCUGCUCCCCGAGCCAGCUGGCGCUGCCGCCGCCGUUGCCCAGCGGCCGGGCGAGAGCGAGGAGGAGCGGCUGCAGCGGCUGCGCCGCCCGGUCUACCCGCGGCCGAGGCUCCCACCCAGUGCGCUGGGCGAGCUGGGCCGCGCCGUGAGCCUGGAGCUGGACGAAACCAACAAGAAACUGGAGGAGGAAAGCAUCCAGCGGCACCAGAUCAACACCUACCUCAGCGACCGCAUCUCGCUGCACAGGCGUCUGCCGGAGCGGUGGCAUCCCAUGUGCAAAGAAAAGAAAUACGAUUAUGAAAGUCUACCAAAAACAUCUGUUGUAAUAGCUUUUUAUAAUGAAGCAUGGUCAACUCUUUUACGAACAGUUUAUAGUGUUCUUGAGACAUCUCCAGAUAUUCUGCUUAAGGAAGUUAUCCUUGUAGAUGAUUACAGUGACAGAGAACAUUUAAAGGAGCGUUUGGAAAACCAUUUAUCUGGCUUGCCUAAAGUGCGUUUAAUCCGGGCAAAUAAAAGGGAAGGACUAGUUCGAGCUCGGCUUCUGGGUGCUUCUAUAGCCACUGGGGAAAUUCUGACAUUCCUUGACUGUCACUGUGAAUGUCAUGAUGGCUGGUUGGAGCCACUGCUGGAAAGGAUUCAUGAAGAAGAAUCAGCAGUUGUAUGCCCUGUGAUUGAUGUCAUUGAUUGGAAUACAUUUGAGUACUUGGGAAAUGCAGGGGAGCCACAGAUUGGAGGUUUCGACUGGAGACUGGUGUUCACUUGGCACGUAGUGCCACAGCGGGAACAAAAACGAAGGCGCUCCCAAAUUGAUGUCAUCAGGUCCCCAACCAUGGCUGGUGGACUAUUUGCUGUGAAUAAGAGAUAUUUUGAGUAUCUUGGAUCCUAUGAUACAGGAAUGGAAGUAUGGGGAGGAGAAAACCUUGAGUUCUCAUUUAGGAUCUGGCAGUGUGGAGGAAGUCUCGAGAUCCACCCUUGUUCUCACGUAGGUCACGUCUUCCCUAAACAAGCGCCUUACUCACGGAACAAGGCUUUGGCUAACAGCGUUCGCGCAGCUGAAGUCUGGAUGGAUGAAUAUAAAGAAAUUUAUUACCACCGUAAUAUGCACGCACGCAAGGAACCAUAUGGAGAUGUAACAGAAAGGCUACAACUUCGUGCUAAACUUAAAUGUAAGAACUUCAAAUGGUUCCUAGAGAAUGUAUAUCCAGAACUUCAUGUACCUGAAGAUAGACCUGGCUUCUUUGGAAUGUUAAAGAACAGAGGAAUGACAGAUUACUGUUUUGACUAUAAUCCUCCCAAUGAAAAUGAAAUAACAGGGAAUCAAGUCAUCCUCUAUCCCUGCCAUGGAAUGGGACAGAACCAGUUUUUUGAAUAUACUUUACGUAAUGAAAUUCGUUAUAACACGCGCCAACCGGAAGGCUGUGUAGCUGUUGACGCAGGCACAGACCAUCUGACCAUGCGUCUCUGUUCUAAAAAUGCCCCAGAAAAUCAGGAAUUUAUUUUCAAAGAGGACGGUUCCUUCUAUCACGUGCAGUCUAAGAAAUGUCUGCAGGCCGAGGCCAACGUUUCCAACGGCAGCCCAGCGCCGGUGCUGAGAACGUGUACAGAUUCCAAGUAUCAGAAAUGGUUCUUCCAGGAAAGAAGUUAG